AUGGCCGCUGUCGUCAAGAAGCCUCCGGCAACAGGCCGCGAAACGCCCACAGGGACACCGCAACGCCCGACUCCAAGAGCCUCGACACCCUCAUCAGCAAGCAGCCCCGGCGGCGCUGGCACUGGCGUGGCUCGCAGCCGUUCUAUUCGUACAGGGACACCGGUCUCGGCCCGUGCUGCCGCGUCACAGCGGCGCGAGUCGCUGCUGGGAAAUGGAAGCAACGCCAACGGGAAAGCCAACAGCUCCGCUGACAUGGAGCGCGAGGAGGCUAUCCGCGCCGAGACGGUAGCAAUAAUAGACGAUCUAAAGGAUCGCCUAGCCCAGGCCGAAUCUGCGUGCGAGACGUACAAGCGGCAGGCUGAGGUGUUGCAGAGCAAGCUGGAUGAUGCCCUGAAGGAACAGGCCAAGAUGGAAGAGAAGGUGCAUGAGAGCGAGGAGCAAAUCGAGGCUCUGACUAACGAAAAGCGCGAGGCCGCCCGGCAAAUGCGUGAAAUGGAGAACAUAUAUGAAGCUGAGCGGAGUGCUAUGAUGAAAGAAAAGGAGGAAAUGGCGAAUCGUGAGGAAGAGAUGCAAUCCGUGAUCCAGAGACUCAAGGACAGCCUAGCGCAAAGGAACCUCGACGAGGACAGGCCAACGAGACAAUCGGUGAACAAUUCGCCAAGCAUCGACAAUGGCAGUUUUGCCCCGCCAUCCUCGAUUCAGCGCAGCGACUCGCGCAACAAUUCCAAGUUGUUGCUGCAAAAGGACAAGCUGAUCGAAUCACUGAGGCUAGAGCUGGCCGAGGCGCAAAUCAAGUUGGUCGAAUCGCAGAAUCAGGGCGGCGGCCGGCUUCAGGAAGUCGAGCGUCAGCUGAUGGAAGCCCGCGUGGCCAACGCCCGGCUAAUGGAAGACAACGAAAGCUAUCAGCUACUUCUACAGGAGCGCACGCUCAAGGGAGACUUCACCACGAGCGACUUCAGCUACUCGGCCAGCGCGCCGGCAAACCAGGACGCCCUAGCCGCCCUCGAGGGCCGGACGAGCGGCACCAGCCUGGCCGACGAGCUCUCUGGGGCUGCCGACAACGAUCAUCACGAACAGGACUCCGAGACGCGGCGGCUCGAGACAGAGCUCAAGCGAGCCGAGGAUCAGAAUAAGGCCCUGACCCUCUAUAUCAACAAGAUAAUAGAGCGGCUGUUGCAACACCAAGGUUUCGAACACAUCCUCGACCAAUCCAGUGACUACAAGGCCACGCCCGACACCAACAAGGAGCUACCCCCGCCUCCGCCCAGCAAGCCCGCCGCAGGCCCAUCUCUCCUCCAGCGCGCCAAGUCAAUAGUGGCCGGUGGCAGCACUACUACUACCGCACCCACAACAACCACAACCGCAAAGCCAAAGCCCCGGCCCAUGACCUAUGUUCCCUCAGCCAACCCAACCCCGUCCGCCAUCAGCAACCCGGAGACAGCGCCCAGCAUCCCCAUCGGCUUGACGCGCGCAUCCAGCACUCGCCGUGGUAGGCCCAUGAGCGAGCAGUACACGGGGGGGCUCGGCGCCGCCAGCAUCGUCAGCGCCAUGUACAAGGGUGUCAGCACGCCGGACGGACCUUUAUCACCCUCGCUACGCUCAAGCCAAACCUUCUUCCUCCCGCCGCAGGGUGCGGGCAACCGCGCGAGCAGUGGCGCCAGCAGCUCACACACCGUCUCUGGUGGUGGCAAUGGCGGAGGCGUGCCGGGGAAUUUCCCCGGCAUGAAGAGCGAGACGAGCAGCACCAGCGGCGAGUCUGUGUCGGGCGGCGGUGUCGGGAAUAGCAACAACAGCGACGUGUCCACCCCGCCCAGCCAGAGCCCGCCCCGGUCGCACCACGAAAGGGAGCGUCCUACGGGUACGGGUGCGACCUUUGCGGGUAACAAGCCCCGCCCUCUGAGGCUCGUCAGCCAGAAUGCUGAGGCCCAGGCGGCUGCUGCUGCGGCCGCGGCCGCGAGCAAGCGGCAGAGCUGGGUCGGCUGGAUGGGCAGCGCGUUUGGUGCCGGGGCUGGGGCUGGUGCGAAGAAGGAGGAUGGUGCUGGUGCUGGUGAUGCGAUCAAGGAGUGA